GGGGAGGGGAGUCACAAGGCCGGCCCCCCGCCUGCCGCGCAUUCCCGAUCCGCCUCGCCUCGGUCAGCACCCUCUGACAGCCUCAGGGGUCCGGACCUUGCCGGGGUUAUAUAGCAGAGAGGCCCACGCGUGUCGCCCAUUUCCCGCCGCCGAGGAAAACGGUGUUUUUGAGCGGCCGUGCCCGUGAAGAUCUCAGCGCGAUGCCCGGCUCGGACCUCGGCAAGGCCGUGUGCAUCAUCACCGGCGCCUCCAAGGGCUUCGGCCGCAGCCUGGCCCUGCAGCUCGGCGGCCUGCUGCAGGCGGGCUCGGUGCUGGUGCUGGCGGCCCGCUCCGGGGACCGGCUGCUGGAGCUGAGCGGGGAGCUGAGCGGGGAGCUGGCCGGCGUGGAGGUGCGCUGCGUGACGGCCGACCUGGCCCGCAGGGAGGGGAUAGAGGAGACGGUGCGGGUCGCCAGGGAGGCGGCGCCGAAGGACAUCGACCACCUGCUGCUCAUCAACAACGCAGGCUCCCUCGGUGACAUCAGCCGCAAUGCGGUUAGCUUCACGGACCCCAGCGAGGUGGACGCCUACCUGUCGAUGAACGUGAGCUCGGCGCUCAGCCUGACGGCGAGCGUGCUGGGGGCGUUCCCGCGGCGACCAGGGCUUCGGCGCAGCGUGGUCAACAUCAGCUCACUGUGCGCCCUGCAGCCCUACCGCUCCUGGGUGCUGUACUGCACCGGCAAGGCAGCCAGACACAUGAUGUUCAGGGUGCUGGCUGAGGAGGAGCCUGAUGUCAGAGUGCUGAACUACGCACCCGGCCCUCUGGACACGGACAUGCAGACGCAGGCUCGCAGCCUCACUGGGGACGCGCAGGUCCGACAGUCCUUUUCCGACAUGCACAGCAAGGGGGGGCUGUUGUCCUGUUCCCAGUCCGGUGCCAAGCUGGCGCAGCUGCUGCUCGAGGACCAGUACCAGUCUGGGGCACAAAUCGACUAUUACGACAUCUAGACCCCCCCGCCACAGCACACAGCUACGCCAGCUGGACCAUCGUACUGUCCUGUAUUUAGACUGGAGCCACACUACACUACUGACCUGUAACCUGCCAGUGCACUGACCUGUAAGUGGACCACCCCACUGACCUGCAGCUGGACCACAGCCACCCCACUGACCUGCAGCUGGACCACAGCCACCCCACUGACCUGCAGCUGGACCACAGCCACCCCACUGACCUGUAACUGGACCACCCCACUGACCUGUAACUGGACCACAGCCACCCCACUGACCUGUAACUGGACCACAGCCACCCCACUGACCUGUAACUGGACCACAGCAACUCUACUGAAACAGUGAUACAGCUGACUCGCUGCUGGACAGAACACUGAAUACGUCUGGUCGUCAUUCCAGUUUGAAGAAGUACAGAUCACAUUCCUCAACUGUCUGUUUGUGCAAACCUGGACUCUCGGAGCCUGUGAGCGCAGAGCAGUGAAGUGGGCUCCUGUCUCUCCUGUCUCGUCUCCCACCCUGUGUCCUGCGCCUUAUUUUCCCGCUUCUGUAACCCCUCUGCAGUGACCUGGUUGAUUUUGGUUGUGUGCUGUGCUUUUUCCUGAGUGGAGAGAAGCUCAGUGAGUGGACUUCUUAUCGGCCGGACAGGACGGCUUCAGAAGCACACGUUCACGAGAGAAGAGACCAAUCUUUCAUGCUUUACUGAGGCCUCUGUAUUACAGCUGAUGGCUCUGACUGUGCCUCUCUGUGGGGUGCUGGGUGUAGGGUGCCCUAGGAGAGAGAAGGCACCCCCAAAGAUACUGCGAUUCUGUCCAAAGGAAUUGUUCACAGCAAUGAGAUGCGCAGUGUGCACACCUUCUACUGUUUAAUGAUUUCUUAUGCUCUGGGCCCUGCCAGUGUUUCAGCACUCCAGCACAACCAGCGUACAGUGAGGGAUGCCGCAGAGAGCUGUGUCCCUCUUGUCCUCGUGUGUCAGGUGGUGGCUGGGCUGUGGCGCCCCCUUGUGGGGUGGGACAGGGCAGGGGGAGGGGCUCUGGUCCCAGUCUGCGUUCAGAAGUUUGUGCAGUGCCUUAAGAACGUGUGUUCUGUUAUUGUUGAUGAUAUUGUUAUUCAUGUAUCAGUGAUGUCUGAAAAUCUGGGCACAGUACCCUUGUCUCAGUUGUGAGUGUUCUGGUGUACGGGAGAGUAUUUUGUCAUAAAUAAAAUCCAUUGAAGAAGU